CUCCGACAAGUCACUUGAAAAUUCAGACCACCAACAAGGUUUCACUUGAUAUAAAGAGGUGCUGAACCACUGAGCAAAAUAACAGCUGAGUUCAAAUUGUCCAGCACUUGAGGGGCAUCGAGAAAGAGAGAGAGAGAGAGAGAGAGAGAGAUGAGCAACGUCGAAACCCAAGUGCCGGCAACAUACCCGAUGAACAGCGGGGAGGGGGCUUACAGCUACAGGAAGAACUCUUACUUCCAGAGAGCGACCACAAAUGUUCUGAAGGCCAUGAUUGAUGAGGCAAUCAUUGAGAAGCUCGACAUAGAAACUUAUGUCUCCUCCAGUCCUGCCACGAUUCGCCUUGCCGACCUCGGCUGCUCGGUCGGACCAAACACCUUCAUUGCCAUGCAAAACGCCGUGCAUGCCAUCCAAAAGAAUCUCACAUCCAAAGGCCUCCUUACCGGGAUGCCCGAAUUCCAGGUUUUCUUCAACGAUCAUGCCGCCAAUGACUUCAACACCCUCUUCAAGUCCCUCCCUCCAGAAAAACCCUACUAUGCUGCAGGGGUUCCGGGGUCAUUUCAUGGGCGGCUGUUCCCGGAGUCUUCCCUCCACUUUGUGCACUCGCAGUACGCACUCCAGUGGCUUUCGAGAAUUCCGGACGCGAUAUCAAAUAGAAACUCUCCGGCAUGGAAUAAGGGGAAAAUUCACUGCACAAACGCUUCCGAGGCGGUGUGUGAGGCAUAUGCAGGUCAGUUCCACAUGGAUAUGGAAGCGUUUCUGAAAUAUAGAGCAGAAGAGAUCACCUCAGGAGGGAUAGUAGUCCUAACCAUGCCUGGAAAACCAGAUGAGGUUUCAUAUUCAAAGAUACCGGUGUGUGUAAUGUACGAUCUUAUUGGAUUGAGUCUCAUGGAUAUGGCCAAAGAGGGAAUAAUAAGUGAAGAGCAAGUGGAUUGCUUCAACUUGCCACUGUAUCCUGCAUCUCCAGCAGAGAUUGCACGGCUAGUCGAAAUGGACGGUAGUUUUCACAUAGAGAAGAUGGAGUUGCUCAACACCCAAACGAGGUAUGAAGGUGGAGUCAACGCACAGGAGAUUGUGAUACACCUAAGAGCAGGCUUGGAGGGGAUUAUCAGCAAACACUUUGGAAGCAAGAUUGUUGACGAACUCUUUCGACGUCUUGUGGAAAAGACUCGGGAGUUCAGCCACCUACUGGAAUCGUGCUACAAGGAAGGGACUCUUAUGUUUGUUGUUCUCAAACGCCACUGAUGCAUCCUUUGAAGAUGACUCUACUGCCCUAAAAUUCGAUUAACUAGAAUAAAGUCGCUAGUACCUAAAUUACUCUGUUAUAUAUAGAUCAAGUGAUCUUUCGUGGUGAUUUCAAUGUCAGCAUUUCCAUUUCAAUAUCAA